GCGGUUGCCAUGGUACGGCGUCAGCUAGGACUGGAUCAAACCUCAAGGCGUGGACGAAAAGAAAUUGUAUCUGAACACCGCUGACUGGCAGGAUCACACCGUCUUGCUGCGGAUACUUACAGAAAGGCUCAUUUUAAAACGAUGUGAUUGUGUGUUUCCAAAAAACGAUUAACCUCGUGCCUUCUUAUAUCUAACGUUAACAGCAACGUUAGCUGAAGUUCAUGCUAGCUAGUAGUUGCUGAAGCUAUGCAGCUAACAUUAACGUUAGCCGACUCUAAACAGGAAGCUGUUAAUUGCUACCAAGUUAAACCAGACAAAGCCUAUGAGAUUUAAAGGAGUAAAUGUGGAAAACGGACAGGUUGGUGCCAUAAGACACUGAGCGCUAACGUUAAAACACACCCCACCUGUUGAUCGUUUUGUGUUGCUGUGCUAGCAUCAUAAGCUAUCGUCAGUCAUCCUUCGCUGUUAGCUUUCUACAUCCCCUUAUGCUAAUGUGUGUUAAUGUCAGUACGCUGAAAUGCUGUUUGGAACAUUUUUUCUUAUCUACCUCUAUUUGAUAAUGCUGCAUUAUGAGCAACUUAAAGGGCCCACUGAGCUGUGGGGUGGGCUUCAGGUAGCUACAUUGUGUUGCUUUUACUUGGCAGGCAGUCUCACAACAAUGCAGCUGUCAACAACAGACGGUCCAUUUUAAUCCGAUCUGUUCGUGCCACAGGGAGCGAGCCGGGCAAGCUGGUAGGGAACCUUGAUAACACAUUUUCUUUCACUAGGGAGCUUGUGACCCGACUGCAUAGGUUCCCUCAGCUAAUUGCUUUAUCAGGAGUCAGUCAGACAUAAGCAUGAUAAAAACAUUAGAUGUGAAUGAUGAUGACAACAGAUACGAUGGGGAUAUAAUCAAACCUAUGUGGUGAGUGUUAAGACACUUUUCUCACUAUUUUUCUUUAGACCGGAUUUGGUAUGAUGUUUAUUGGUCAAAUUGUUGAUAAUUCAUAUUAUUAAAUCAUCACUUUAACAAUAAUGAUACUGAAAUAGUUAAGUAAAUGAGUUUGAAUGGUCUAUCUAUCUAUCUAUCUAUCUAUCUUAACAUUUGAAAGACUGUUAAAAAAGAUUUGAAAAACAUGGUUUGUUGUCAGGUGUAGGACCUUUCUGUCCGGCCUGGCCUAUGCUGUUUUCUACCUAAUGAUGAUGCUGCUGUGUGUACUGGUGUUGCCAUAGAUAUUUGCCCAUCAAGUCAUACUAUUAUUAUCAGGGCUGUUGAAAGGGCCAGAUGACUGCACGACCUUUAUACGUCAUUAACACAAAUAUUAAAGAGUGUACUGGCUCCUCAGUAUUUGGCUUGAAUUCUAUAUUUAUUCUUCAUACUGCUCACGGUUGUUUGAUCUCUUAACUAACAACAACAGAUACAAUCUGGAGGUGCUGGACUUUUUCAUUUUGUUUAUGUUUCAAACACAUGGGUUGUUGUCCAGAUAGGGAAUUUGAGUGGCAAUUGUGUAGAAAUGCUUAAUGUAGGAUUUGCCCAAUGUGGAAAAACUAAAAAUACCCACCCAUUGGGCUUACAACUUCAAAUACUUACAUUGUGAUAGAUACAAAUACAAAUACAGUUACUUGCAAAAUAAUUAUACAUUUCUACAAAACUGUGCAAGAACACAUACAUGUGGGUACAUGUGUGCAUCUUAUUGCAGUUAAAAUUAAUAAUCUGGCUCUUUAAUAAGUCACCAGGGCAGAUGUGGGCAGGCUAGUAUUUUGUAUGUAGUAGCAGUGGUGUGGAAUAGUGAUAUCUUACAUCAUUCGGCCUCAUGGAAACUUCCACCUCAUGUGUGUUGUUGCUUGGUGACCAAGACAUACAAUAGGGAAAACCUGAGAGAAGUCAGGUGGCCUAGCGAUUUAUCACUGGGUGCAUAUUGAGAUUUUCAUCUGGUUUGCACAGUACAAAUGUUGAGGUCAGUUUACCAGAGGACUUUAAAUGUCGGCUGCGAAGUCUGUUGAAUCGGAAUAUCUUUUCUAAGUGACAACAUGGAAUCUGAAAACAUAGCUGACCCAUAUGAAGACAACAGGGAUGCCGAUCAAAGUCGGCAGUCACUCCGGAGUACAGAGAAAGAUUCUCGAGAAUCGGUCUUCCAAAAACACAAAAAGGAUUUCCGGGACAAGAUCCUGCAUAAAGAUAAAAAAGAAGGCUGCGUUGAGAGUAGAUCGAAAACCCGAACCUGGCAUUCAGAUCCAGAUCGGGACCAGAUGUCAGAUGGAGAGGGACGGAGAAGUAGUCGGUCCUUUUACUCUGAGGACUAUGAGAAUGAGUCUCCUUCAGGGGGCUCUCUCUCACCAUACUCCCAGUCCCGGACUCCAUCCCCUUCUCCUCAAAGAGGGAUGCAGGCAAAGAGGUUUUCUAACGGCCCCUUCUAUAAGACAGGUGGUGUAGGGCGCCGGGGUGGGUCUCGCCCGCAGCGUCCAGGUGGCCAAACCCUGACUCUGCAGCCUCGCAGGGGAGUGCGUUCACAAAGCAAGGAGUCCACCCCUCCGAAAGACCUGGACCUGGUCACCAAGAGGAUGCUUUCAGCCCGCCUGUUAAAGAUCAAUGAAUUGCGUAACGCGCUUGCUGAGCUGCAACAGCGCACAAACGAGCUGCAGAAGGAAAAUCGAAUUCUCAGACAGCUUCAGGUGCGUCAGGAGAAAGCCCUGCAGCGCUACGAUGACACAGAAAGCGAGAUUUCCCAGCUGUUGUCGCGCCACACCAACGAGACCCACGUGCUGCGUGAGCGGCUCAGGCGGUCGCAAGAGCGGGAACGGGCGGCCGAGCGGCGGAUGAAGGACAGCGAGGAGAAGCUGCAGAGGAGUCAGGCGACCAUUGCGCGGCUGAAGAAGCUGGUCGACCAGCGAGAGUUAAUAGCCAGAGAUGAGCUAAGCCGCAGGCUAGAAGAAGAGAAGACACGGGCCCAAGAGGCAGAGCGAAAGAUUAAGGAGCUGGAGCGUAGCAUGGAGCUGAGCAACAGCAGUUACCAGAGGCAACUGGCUACAGAGAGGAAGAAGGCCAUCAGUACCCAGGAGGAGAUCAAGACUCUGCAGGAGGAGCUGGAGCGACUGACCAAUAAACUCAAGGAGAAGGAGAGAGAACUAGAUGCCAAGAACAUCUAUGCCAACCGCAUGAUGAAACCGUCACUAAGAAAAGAUACUGACAAUGGCACAAAGCGGAAAGACAUAGUCCCCAGCAGGAACAGCAGCAAGGCAGUGCAGACUCAAGACAGACUGUCUAGUCCGGAUUUCCCCACACCUCCCCCUGCCAUCACUGAUGCCAAUGAGUACAGUGAACAGGCACCUGACGAAUACCUAUCACUCAAGGAGCUUGACAGAGUGGACAGACAGGUAGAGACUAAAGACAGACAUCAAAAGUGUGAACAGCAGAAGAUGACGGACAGAGAAAAAGAAAGGCAGAAGGAGUUGGUGAAGGAGAAAGAGCAGGAGAAAGAGGAGAAACAGCAACUCAACCGGGAGAUAAAUGUGCUCGAGGAGAAGGCAAAGAGACUAAAAGAUGGCUGGGAGAAAGAAAAAGAGGAAGACGACAUAAAGAGGACAAGUUCACUGUUAAACCAGGAGGAAGAGUACAACAGGAAGCGUGGCCAUGUGCAGGAAGAGGUGGAGAGGUGGAACCACGAGGUUCUGGCCAGUCGGCAAGCAGCAGAGGACGCGCGUCGUAAAAAAGAACAGCUGCUGGCUAAGAUGCGCGAAAUAGACCGUCACAACCAUGGAGCCCAGGGCACUAUGUUUCCUGAGUCUAGUCCUUCUGAGCCCAAUAAGGGCACCAGUGACCACUCUUCUCCUCGUCCUCCUGAACAGAGGAACGUUAACUCUUCAAUUUUUAACCUCACCGAAUCAGAGGAGUUGGGCAGUUUGCGCACUGGUGCCGCAAGCAGAGAAGGUGGAAGGAGAAUAUCAGGCAGAGAGUGCGGAUCUAUUACAACAGGACUGGGGAGGAGAGCCCCACGAUCCCAAAACUCCAGUGAUGACUUGGCAUUUGGAAGCUACGCACCAUCUUUCGGAAAUUCAGCUUCCCGAGGUUCUUCAGGCUUCCCUCCUCCUCCGCCCAUAGAGGACAGGGACUCUGCAUUAGAAGCAAUAGGUGUAUUUAGUCUCAGAGGGGUUGAGACAGAGAAAAACAAUCAUAUGGAAAGAGGAGUGGGGAAUGACAGGAAGUCUAGCCUCAUGCAGCAGCUAUUUGGUCCCCUGGCAACACCUACCGGUGACAGUGUGAGCACAUCCAAUAAAAUGGAGGUCCUCAACAGUCCUCCACCUACCAAUGGAGUACGUUCAAGAAGAGAAGGGCUGCUCAGCUUCAACUCAGGGUCUUCCACCCCUCCAGCUUCCUCCAUGAACACCCUACACGUCACAGAAAGCAGACCUGCCAUCCGUGCCAUUGCCUCAUUUGAUGAUGACAUAGAGGAACUUACUUUAUGAAAUGAAUUUAUAUGUGAGGUAGUCAGUGUCACAGCAGGCCACCACGUUUGUCACAAAAUGAGACACCGUGAGGUCAUUUCCAUAAUAUAAGAGACUGAGUGAUUACCAUUGUCUGAACACUAUUGAUUUCCCAAUAAAAAAUAUCAACAUUAUCAACAGAAGCAAACAUAAACAUAUUAGUGUUUCUGCAAAGAAUCUAAAAUACUAUAUUUACAUUUAGUUCAUUUAGUUCAUUUCCAAAGCAACUUCCUAUUACUAUAUAUGUCAGAGGUCACACAACUCUGGAGCAACUAGGGAUUAAGUGUUUUGCUCAGGGACACAUUGUGUCAAAAUUGGGAAUCCAACCCAGGUCCCCCCACACCAUAGGCACGUGUCUUAUCCGCUGUCCCAUCACCACCACCUGUAUGAUUAUAAAUGAUCUAUAACUGCUUAUCCUUUGCUUGGUUGCAGGUGGCUGGAACCAAUCCCAGUUGACAUGUAUACAUCUGUAAAUAAUAAAUCAGUUAACUUGUGUUACCAUCUUUAAUGUUUCAUCAUAUAGAAAAUUUGUAAUUUAUUGUGAUCUUCGAACAAUUCAGGCGCAUGUAUGUAGGCACGGAUGACAGAUAGUUGUCACAUUGUAGCUGAAACUGGUAAAAUAGGACCCUUUGAUUUGGUUUAAUGCAAGUUGAACUUACUGUGUAAGUGUUGUAUGGACUGUGGUUUCUACUGGUGGCACUUAUUAAAUUUAAAGAGGUUCCCCAGACUGCAUUCCAGUUUCUCUGGUAGAAUAUGACAGGCAAAUUAGCGCAGGAUACAACACACAUAAUCCCUGCCCCUAGAUCAUUUCUCUAAUCAACAAAUGCAAACCAAAACGCAAGCAAUGCAGUCGCGAUGAAACAGAUUUUGGAUCCCUUUACAUUUCACAUAUUAGAGCUUUGCCAUAUUAUUUAGUAAUAUUAGUUUGUGGUUGCUGAUAUUGGUUGGUCCUACAUUUCUUUGUGUAUCUGUAGUAGGACAGAGUUUAUUCCACAAAAGGUGUUAUUGACCAUGCCAUACAAAUGUACCUACUAAGUAAUAAGACAACCACAGUAUGUUUAUACUGCUUGAUGAAUGUUUUACAAUUAUAUAAAACUAGGUAUUUUUAAAACUUUUAUUGUAAAACUUGGUAAAAAUUGCAAUUCUCUGCAGGUUUAUAACAACCAAUAUCAUAUUGAUAGGAUACUGAUAAAGGAAAUUACAAGGAAAAUGUCAUUGACCCUGUUAAUGCCCUACAGAUGAGGCUAACUAAUGAAUAUAAGCUCAUUUAAAGAUAGUGUAGUUGUGUGUGACAGUAAAUCAAUCUAGCAUAUGUUCUGUUUUAACAAACAAUGUUACUGUCUGACUCAAUGGACUUGAAGAUAAUGGGAGGCUGCACCCAUAAACAGUGCUUAUACUGCACAUGUUUCAUGUGAGGGCAGCAGACAAUCACUAAAACCAACCACCUGUGGCUGUAGAAGCUACAAUCCCCAAUCUAUAUUUAUUUAUGUCGACUUCUUAUAGACUUGUUUACCAUGAUAAAAAAAUCUCUACAGCUUCUUACAACAACUCCUAAUGUGGCACAAGGCCAUUACCACUCUGCACCAAUAAGCUGUACAAAUGACACUUUGUAUUUAUUCUAGCAGAAUUUAUUGUAGUAACUUCGUAUUGGAUGAAAUGUGUAACCAAUGAAAACUUUAUAGGCUAGUUCAUACGUAUGUAUGUUUAGAAUUUUUCACAUUUUGUAUUUAUUGUCCAAAUGUAUUGUUUAAAAAAGUGUAUAUGUGUCGUAUUUUGUCGAAUGAAAAUAAAUGAUAGCCUA